AUGGGUGUAGCAAAGGAUGGCCGAAAGGAAACGAAGUCCCUUCGAGCCUGCAAUACCCACCUUGACUCUUUGUCUUCUGCCCAUCCGAUCCGGCCCUAUCAAGUAGCAAAGGCUACAAAUUACCCAGAAGAAGAGGUGAUACAUGGUGGUGUGCUGGCGGGUAAUAUGAAUUCCAUCCAGGCUUCGGACGAUCGGAUUGCGGGGGAUAACAAUCUUAAGGAUGCAUAUUUGGUGCUGGGAGGAACUGAAAGAGAUUCAAAAGGAUAUACCUGGGGAUAUCAGCAGCGUCCUUCUAAUAAACAUGAGAUUUUCUGGCCCAAACGCCUUGACAAGGUCCGCUAUCGCGGUGGACUGGUGGCCGGGGCCUUGACAUUUAUUGGCGUGGGAGUGAUCGUGAAGGGUGACGAAAUCAGAUCAAGCAUGCGAGCUCGAGGCAUGGGACACUGGGCUACAGACGACUAUGGGCUGUUGGCUGACCUGGAGGUUGCUGAAGUGGUGGAAGUUGAGGAAGAGAAGAAGGACUGA